GAUGAACAUGCAGCCACUUCCCCGGCUCUUGCCUUGGGAAGCUCUUGCCUGAAUAACUGAGCCCUUUUUCUCCCUCCUGUGUAGGUUUUUGGCAAUAUCAAAUUAGAUGAGGAAAGCCACAUUAACCGGCACAACAACUUCCGCAGCUUCCUGGGUUCCCUCAUGCUCCUCUUCAGGAGUGCCACGGGAGAGGCAUGGCAGGAGAUCAUGCUGUCCUGCCUGGAGGGCAAGGGCUGUGAGCCGGACACAACGGCAACGUCCGGGCAGAACGAGAAUGAGCGCUGUGGCACUGACCUGGCCUACGUUUACUUUGUCUCCUUCAUCUUCUUCUGCUCUUUCCUGAUGCUCAACCUGUUCGUGGCCGUCAUCAUGGACAAUUUUGAAUACCUGACUCGGGAUUCCUCCAUCCUGGGACCUCACCAUCUAGAUGAGUUUGUCCGGAUCUGGGCAGAGUAUGACAGAGCAGCGUGCGGCAGGAUCUCGUAUAAGGAUAUGUACAAAUUAGUUCGGGUGAUCUCGCCUCCUCUGGGCCUAGGAGAGAACUGCCCCUACAGGGUGGCGUGCAAGGUUUGCCUCCCAGUCCUCCGCCACAACCUGGCCACGGGACGCACCAUCCACCCCUCCUUCCCACCCCGCUCCACCACCACCGCGCCUCCUGAGGGAACCCUGACGUUGCUUUCCUUUUGAGUUUAAAGAGGUCCACGGCCUCCCAGAGCCAGCAGCUGUCCCCCUCAAGGGGAAGCAUGAGUAGGGCCAGGGGGGGCUCAGAGCCUCCUGGGGUGGGUUUUGACAAAUUGCGUCCUCCAGCCAACCCCCUGCCCCAGCCACCAUCAGUGCAGAGAGCCCCAUAAAGGUUCCUGGGCCAAGUGUCACCGUCCCUGUGUCUCAGAGUGACCUCACAUGGGAGCAGGAGGUUUUUUGAGUACUUAGAUGUGGUUUGUUCCUGGAGAAGAAAGUGGGGAGCAAAGGUAGGAGGAUGCUGGGGACUUUGCUGUUGUUUUGGAGAGUGAGGACUGGAGGGAGGAUGAGGAGGCCAGGGUGACCCUUCUCCCUGGCGGACACCAACAGACUCUUCCUCAAGUAAGGCACUUGGAGGACAUACAACAACAUCCCUGGGGAGCAGGACUCUUGCUAGUCUUUCCCUUAGCUUGCCAGAUCUUCUUGGGAGGUGGUGGCAACUGUGCACAUCUAUGGAGCUCAAAAGCUCCUCUUCUUCAGCUUGAGCCAAGCUCCCAGCUGCUGGCCAUGAGUCCACAGCAACGAUUUGGCCUCCUUGUGCCUCUCUGGCUUGCACUUUUUAAAAAUUUUAUUUUAUUUUCUGUUGACAAUUGAUCAAAAUCCUGUGCCUGCCGCCUUCUCCAAAGUGCCAUGAUGCCUAUGUCUGUGUCCAUGGCAUGAAAGGAUGAACCACAGAGAUUGUUCUUCCAUCUGCAUCCCUCACAGGAUCUGAGGAGGUGUAUGAGGGAAGCUCAGACACCCCCAGUCCUUGCAAAGGAAGAGGGUUCCUUGGUGCAGCAUGGUGUAGUCACCAUGUCCUUCUCACCACAUCAGAAAUGUUUCUUCCAGCCAGCAUCCCUGGAACGGGCCUGUCACCCUCCACAGCUGCUUAUGGGGAUGAUGCACACAUUUGAAAUCUUGAAGUAAACCACCAGAAGUAAGGCAGAGCAAGCAAGACGAGGUCUUGGAUGCUUGGCCAUUGUAUUUAUGAAAAGAUAUUUAGGGAUAGGAGAUUUCUUGCAAGAAUCUCAGAUGGCUCAUUUGUUCAAGGAGGGGCUCAUUGCAAUCUUUUGACUCUUCUCUGUUGGCAAAGGAUGGUGGCUUUGCUGAGGACACUUGCUCAAGUCCCUGCACACAGAAGAGACCUUUAGGAGGAAUUCCUAAUCUUUCUUGAUGGACAUCAGAGCUUCACUGGGAAACACUGCUCUUCUAAGCUGGAUCACCUGGUGCUCAGAAGGGUGCCUGUAAUGUCUCCUGGGAAGAGGGAGCUCUGCAGCAUUCUGGGCUUUCUGCUGACUCUGUGGGAUGGACAGAGCAGUGAAGGUGGAUAGACUCAGGGGGAGGGAGAGGGAGUGAGACCAGUUUCUGCUGUUGUGUGAGGGAGACCAUACCCAUCUCUUCCUUGUCUUACCUCUGUCUCCUCCUCCCUAUGCCUGGGCUAUUUCAAGGACAUAAGAGAUUUUCAGGGAUUCCUGCUGUCCUGGCACAAUUCCCAAAAGGCAACUGAUGAAGAAAGAAAGCCCACGUGGUUGUUUCAUGUUGCCACCAUGGUCCAGAUCCCAGAUGCCAACCCAACUUGCUAAUCUUUCAGCUUUGUGAGCCUACCCUGCACAUCACUCUGUGCAAGUUCACCUUUCUGGAGCCCACACCCCUAUCCUGCCAGGCAAUGCGACAACGAUGACUUGCAGAAACAAGCAUUCCAACGUGUUUAUGGAGUGGUGGACAGCCUUCUCUAGAAGAGAUGGUGCUUGGGCAAGUUGAGGAUGCUGCAUAGGGGUGCAGCUUGGUAUGGAAGCAUACUUGCUAAGCCAUCCACAGGUGGGAUAACAAGGGGGCAUUGAUGCAGGAAGACUUCUUGUGUAAGUCUAGCAAGUUCUGUCCUUAUGCUGGGGAGAGCAGGUCUUGUAAUCACAUCUUGCUGGGGCUGCAUCCUUACAGCCAGCUCUACUCCUUGGGGCUUUCUCUGCCUUUCUUCAACCCAUCUGCUUCUAGCAAUCAUGCAAAAAUGAGCCAAGGAAGUGGGCAUUAUCUUUGCCCCCUAGAAGUAGCCCUAGAGAUGGUCAUGGGUCAGGCGCAUGCUCCACUGACAUUCAUUUUAUGUCCCUGUGGUCACCUCUUAUUCCUAAAUCUAUUCUCACGUCGCUUGCUGUUAUGGUGCUCUGUUUCUAAGAGCCUGGUAAGGCACAGCACUUAUUUCCCAACCACAUGAGGACAGAUGUCCCCCAGAUUUCCUCCUCCAUCUCUCGCAGGGUUCU